AUGUCGCAGAAUUCCACGGAUUUGGCGUUGGCCGGAAGCUGUUCCAAUCUUACCAUCCAGUUGGGCCAAUGCAAUGGUCUGCCGAUCUGCGGGUUUUGUUAUAAUUUUGGGCAGUACCAAAAACCCGCACCCGAAUAUGAGCUCUACAAUAUGGUGAGUAAACGUCAAAGCUUACGACUUUUCAAGACAGUGCAGUAAAUUUUUUUGUCGCAAACAAAAAUAAGUUCGCACGGUGCGGAAAAAAGCAAAACGCAGUCCACGCUGCACGUCAAAAAAAAUUGAAGAAACCAUCUCAAGUAAUGAAGCUCCUUGACAUUCUGUUUCAAUCAGUUCUUUUUUCAAUUUCUUUUGAAAAAUGAUUGGUCGAUUUCUAGUGGAAACUUGGUCAAAUUGCCGAAAUUUUUAUAUGAAUCAAAAGCUCUAGUCUUAAUCUAGGCCGUACCAUUUAUCUUCUCUAUUCAUUGAGCUUCAAAAUUUACUAGUAGAAACAAAAAUGGGUCCAAAAAAAGCUUAUCUUGUGGUCAAUUUAUUCAGCAGGUUCCUUCAGAGCCCUAACUAUUAUAAAGUUUUUUGGAAAAUGCAAUUUUUUAACAAAUAUUUUGCCUUUCGUCUUAUACUGAACUAACAUUUUCAGAUCCUCAUCUGCCUAAUCCUUCCGAUGCUGGGUUUCUUCGGGCUGAUAGGCAACUCCCUCUCGGCCUUUGUGUAUUCGAGAAAGUCGAUGAGAAGUUCGUUAAAUUGCUACCUCUUCUCAUUGGCGUUUUCGGACAUAACGAUAAUUUCCACUUCGUUCUUCCUGUUCUUCUUGGAGAGCAUGCGGAAAAGGUCGGCGUUUGUCUCCAAAUACUUUGCCCUGACAGCACCACUGAUGUUUCCUCUCGGCCUGACCGCACAGAGUUUGAGUGUGUUCUUAACGGUCAGUGCAGCAUUUGACUGUUUCAUAUUGGUGAUUGCGAGUGAUCGGAUUAAGGAGAAGAUUUGUACGCCCGCAACUGCUAAAUGGGUAAGGGUUUUCGAGCCGGAGAAGAUUUGAUUGCUGAUUCAAAUGCGCGUAUGACGACUAAGCUUUAUAAAAUUAUUUCAGGUGGUGAUGACUAACAUUUUAUUGGCCGUUCUUUUCAAUAUUUCCCAUGUUUUUGAGAUCUCGGUGAUCCACUGCUGGAAUACCCAUUACACUCAGCCGAGUUACGAUGUAUGUCCAACUGAAUUGCGGCAAAACGAGGUCAGUUUUUUUAUUAUCAACAAUUUACUGGGGUCUCAGUAGACAAUGCCUUUAUUUUCCAGAUCUACUUUACAUUUUAUUACGCUUACUUGUAUACCAUAGUGAUGGCUGUUGGUCCGGUACUACUUUUAAUCAUUUUGAAUACUGCCAUAGUCAUCAUAAUGAGGCAUACCCGUGAAAGCGGUCAAACCAGUGAUUCUGGAUCGGACAUUGCGACGUUUGUGUUGAUCGUCUGUUUAUUCAUUGCGUGUAAUAUCAUGGUAAGGCCUAAUAACCAAGACGCUUUAUUCUCUGCUCUUUAGCCAUUGACUGUCAACUUUUUGGAGCUGAUGUUAUCGAUUGAGAACUCGUAUCUCAUUGACGCCUCCAACCUGAUGGUGGUCCUCAACUCCUCUUGCAACUUUAUCAUUUACUACGUGUUUGGUGACCAGUUCCGCCGAACGUUGAAGGCCGAACUCCCGGUGGCCCUUUUGAUUCAACGAACCUUGCCGUUGAAGUACAGUUCAGUGGACGAAGAAUUCCUUCCGGAAUCCAUACUGUGCCAAACGGGAGUCCCAAGUCCGUUGAUCACAGCGCUCUCCAAGAAACCCUCGCAAAGUCUGCUCGAAAUCAAUGGGAAUACCAAACAGAAUGGGAAACGAUGUCAUGUGUAA